AACUGUGGUUCACAGAGGUCAGUUGACAUGCCCGGAAUCAUGGGGGACAGAUUCCAUGCUGCGUCCAUCUGCUAGGUCGGGGUCGCUGUUCUUGGGAGCCAUUCAUUACAGCUGUGCCCUUAACUCUGUCACAAAGCUGCUUGUGCAGACUGUGAUGGGGACCCUGAUGAGCUGUCCAAGUGCCCUGAGCAAUGUAGCCGGCCCCUUCUCCAUGGAUGGCUGUCCCCGGGGGUUCUGACUCCUCACUGGACUCUCACGAAGCAGCCUUUGGGAGAGGUCCAAGACAAAUAACCUGCCAGGUAUUCCUAUUCUCAAGGUCCUGGGGUCUGGGCCUCCCUGUCCCCCACCGUCUGCUGUUCCUGUCCCUGAUGGUGUCCUUGUAGUCUGAUGAGGUGUGCUGAGCCCCGGGGAGCCAGCCUCACUCAUUCUGUCCCUCUCUGUCUUUCCCAGGGCAGCGAGGUGUCAGGCCCGACCUUUGCUGAUGGCGAGCGCCUCCCCAGGGUCCCCGGCUUCUUUCCUGAGGACGAGGAGGAGGCUAUGACACUGGCUCCACCCGAGGGCCCCCCAGAGUCAGACAUGGACAGCCCCAUGGAGAGCACCCAGAGUCUGGAGGGGUCAGUUGCCGAGGAGAAGGAUGGAGGGCUUGGGGGCCUGUUCCUGCCGGAGGACAACACGGGCUGCAGACGGAGCUGUGUUAACGGCCAACCUUCUCUGACGCCCAGGUCCUUGGGCCACACUCCGUCCAUGACCACGUCAGACCUCUCCACGCACUCCACCACCUCGCUCAUCAGCAACGAGGAGCAGUUUGAAGACUAUGGGGAGGGGGACGACGUGGACUGUGCCCCCAGCAGCCCCUGCCCCGACGACGAGACCAGGACCAAUGUCUACUCGGACCUGGGAUCUUCAGUGUCUUCCAGUGCGGGGCAAACUCCUAGGAAAAUGCGGCACACCUAUAACAGUGAAUUGCUGGAUGUUUACUGCUCUCAGUGUUGCAAGAAAAUCAACCUGCUGAAUGACUUGGAAGCCCGACUGAAAAACCUGAAGGCCAACAGCCCUAACCGGAAGAUCUCUAGCACAGCCUUUGGACGGCAGCUCAUGCAUAGCAGCAACUUCAGUAGCAGUGACGGCAGCACCGAGGAUCUGUUCCGGGACAGCAUUGACUCCUGUGACAACGACAUCACGGAGAAGGUGAGCUUCCUGGAAAAAAAGGUGACUGAACUGGAGAAUGACAGCCUGACUAAUGGGGACCUGAAGAGCAAGCUGAAGCAGGAGAACACGCAGCUGGUGCACAGGGUGCACGAGCUGGAGGAGAUGGUGAAAGAUCAGGAGACCAUGGCCGAGCAGGCCCUGGAGGAGGAGGCACGGCGGCACCGUGAGGCCUACAGCAAGCUGGAGAGAGAGAAGAGCACGGAGAUCGAGCUGCUCAAUACCAGGGUACAGCAACUAGAAGAGGAAAAUGCAGAGCUCAGAACAACAGUGACCCGGCUCAAGGCACAGACGGAGAAGCUGGACGAGGAGCGGCAGCGCAUGUCCGACCGGCUGGAGGACACGAGCCUGCGGCUCAAGGAUGAGACAGACCUGUACAAGCGCAUGAUGGACAAGCUGCGGCAGAACCGCCUAGAGUUCCAAAGGGAACGGGAGGCGACGCAGGAGCUCAUCGAGGACUUGCGGAAGGAGCUGGAGCACCUACAGAUGUACAAGCUGGACUGCGAGCGGCCAGGCAGGGGUCGCAGCUUGUCCUCUAGCCUGGGCGAGUUCAGUGCCAGGGCCCGCGAGGUGGAGCUGGAGCAUGAGGUCAAGCGGCUCAAGCAGGAGAAUCAUAAGCUGCGGGAUCAGAAUGAUGACUUGAAUGGACAGAUCUUGAGCCUCAGCCUCUAUGAAGCAAAGAACCUCUUUGCUACCCAGACCAAAGCCCAGUCUCUGGCUGCAGAAAUAGACACAGCCUCUCGCGAUGAGCUCAUGGAAGCCCUGAAGGAGCAGGAGGAGAUCAACUUCCGGCUGAGGCAGUACAUGGACAAGAUAAUCCUUGCCAUCCUGGACCACAACCCCUCCAUCCUUGAGAUCAAACACUGAGACAAAGGAUGGCUGCAGAGCGGCCUUGGGGACCCUCAGACCCCGGGCCCUGGGACCAAGGGGCAGACCCCGCUUGAGGAUGCGGCCCAAGCCGGGCCUCACACACACACACACACACACACACACACACACACACACACACACUGUAAAUGUAUCUCUGGCCACCAUGUCGUGUGUACUGGUGUGUAUGUGGAGGAAUCCGUGCACGCAGCAAGGCGUGAGUGUGGGGCAGUGGCUCUGGGUGACAUCUGUACCGUUCCUGUGCACACACUCCGUGGCCCCUUUGCAAGGGCAGAUGGUCCUGGAGGUGGGAGGGGCAAGGUCUGCGAUCAGGAGUUACUGUAAUAACAAGAACUGGAAGAUGGUGUUUCAGAUACCAGACAAAAAUGAUUCUACCUCUGGGGAGAAGGAUUAAAACAUGCUCUAGUGAGACAGGCUCUUUCACCCCACCCCUGUUCCCUCUGGGAGUGGGAGCCAAUUUCUGAUCUUUUCCAGGAGUUCAAAUGCCCAACAGCUGCAUCCUCCCCAACCUCUGUGGCCACCUUUGAAGCCUAGGUGCUCAGGCUCUGAAAAGAUGAAGGGGCCCUCCCAGAGCCCCUCCCCGGCUGGCAGCCCCCCGCUAUCCUUGGGCACUGUGUGUCCAAAGGACUCAGGCUUGCAGAGGAGCUAAUGUGGGGCGACCUUCAUUCUAAGAGUUCUUGGUAUUUUAGAGUUCUCUGUACACUUCCCCAUCCUUGCUUACCUACCUCUUUCUGUUUUAUUUUUAAGACCAUGAAAAAUAAGCAGCAUUUAACUUGGGGGUACAAUGAAGAGAUUCAAAAGGAGACGGGGGGAGCUGGGGGCCAGGGGUGUCUAAAGUACGUGUUGGCAUUGGGCAUCCAAAGACCUGCUUUUCAGGGAGGAGCAUGCUCACACCCCUGUUCGUUUCCUUCCCUCUGGCUGCAUUUUACCAGAAGAGAAGAAAAACACGGAGGGACUGUUUCCAUGGCAUCGGCGGGCAAGGAGUGGGCCUUGCUGCCCAGCUCCCAGUCUCCACACGGCCUGGGGAUUCUGAGCUCUGGGCUUAGCUCAGCUGGGUGUCGAGGGCCCCGGGUUCCAACUGUUAGAAACACUCUUGCAUUCUGCUCUCAGCCAGGCACGGUGUGCCGGUGAGAGACACAGUUGGGGAUGUUGUAGGGAAACCUUAGUUUUCCAUCCUCAGUGGCACGUGGUGGAAAUGCACACUCUGGACUUUUAAUGUGAUCUUUUGUUCUAGGCAGCUGGGAGUAGAUAGGGUACUUUGAGCCUUCCAGUUUAUCUCAGUGGUACAUGGCUUGUGAUUUGUUUCCUUAAUCCAAGUAUAUUUGAACAUGUACGGUCUUAAUCUUUUCCCCUGCAGUUUCUUCUUGUCUUCAAUUCUGGUGUAAAAAGGAAAGUUUGGGCAUGUUGGGGAGGGACUGGAGGGGUGUUCGCUGGGAAGAGAGGGCUGUAGAGGGUGAAGAGGGGCUUGGGGGCUUGGGGAUGCACGUUCCCUGUUCACAAGGGCAGGGCUGUGACCAGGACUGGUCUUCACUCCAUGCCAGUCACCUUCUGCUGUUGUUGGAUCGUGUGAUUUCUCUUUAAGUUCAUGUGUGGGAUUUGUUUCAUGCCGCAGAUAAUGGGGCUGCGUUGGUCCGAUCCAGGACUUUGGGGUCGGCCACCCCAGGAAGACUAGGGCAAGGGGUCCAUCUUCUGAGAGUCUCUCAAGCCCCUAGGAUGCUGGUGUCCUUGGGCUCCUCCGGGGGUCUGAGAAGCAGCAGCGGCAGUAGAAAGAAGGCAGGAGGAGUGGGUCUCUUGAGAAUUUGCUAAAAGGCGGCAGUGGCCCCGAAUUAAAGGAAAGAAAAUGUAUCAUGACUUGGCUUUGGUCUGGAUUUUACAUUGGAAGGAGUCCUUCGGAGGCCAGCCAGAUUAAGAUCCUGGUCCGUGGGGGACUCGCCCUAGGAGUGAGCAUUUUGUAUGUAAAACUUUCUGUGCUCUUUAGCUGCAUUGAUACGGAAUUCCAGAGAAGGCCCCAGAGGCCUGGGUUACCCAGUCACUAUGUGGAAGGGAAUUUCUGCUUUGUUGAAAAGGGGUGGAAAGCGGUGGGCUUGCAAUGUUUCUGCCCCCUUCCUGAAGGCGGCGCAACAGGAGCGGCCUCGUCUGAAAGGCCCCCAGGGAUCUGGUGCUGUGCAUGGGGGUCUCUGGAAGAGGGCUGACUUUAAAACGAGACUAACUCCAUGUCACCCAGGCCUCAGGUUCAAUCCAACCUUCUUCAGCCAAAAUCGUCUUAAAAAAACCUAGGCUGUCAUUCUAGUUGGCUUUUCAAGAUCAUGUCGUGUUUUUAACUGCUCUUCCAUGUGUGAAAGCUAGCCUUCGGGAGGCACAUGCGGCCAGGGUCCCAGCCCCAUGGACCCCAGCGAGGAUUCCAGAGCGGUACUGACUCUGGGAGCAAGUGGGGCAGACCCCGCCCCCUUCCUGGGCUUCCCCCUCCUUUGUGUGUUGUCUGAUUGAGAGUUCCCCUCUUCUCUCUGGGUGCUGGACCUGCUUAGGUAGUACACAUGAGGACCAGCCCGGUGUGCCUUUCAGGCAAGCAAAACACAACUAGUGGAAGUUAUGUUCCAGGCAAUACUUGGGACACAUCUCAAACGGAGAGAUUUGAAAAAUUCUGAUACCUGGGCCGAAUCCCCAGAGGAUCCGAUUUCAUUGCCGUGGGGUGUGGCCCAGCUACUGGAAUGUUUAAAGAACUCCCCCAGGUGAUUGUAACUUAACUGGGUGCCCAGGUGCGUUUUGUUUUUUGUUUGUUAUUGCUAAACCUGGCAACUCCACCUAGUAGGGAUUAGUAGUAACUCUUCCAAAGUUGAGCAGUGUUUCGGGAAGCACUCGGAGGGGGUCCUACAACAGACCCACAUUUUACACGGCACUUGGCUAUCCUUACAUUCAACGGGAAGCCAACAAAAUUUGCAGAAUCAGUGAGUGAGCUUUAUAAAGUUCUAGUAAAAAAAAAAAAUGUAUAUUUUAAACUUUGAAUUGGCCAAGUUAGACAGAUUAUUUUGUUUGUACAUUCUUUGAGAAUUGUCAGAGGGAAAUGCCUUUAUUUUGACUUUAUUUCUUACUUAUUACAAUCACAGAGCUCGAGAACCUCCCAAGGCACUUGGACCCGAAACAGUGGUUUUCGACUUGGGCUGUGCAUCGGAAUAACCCCGGGGAGAUUUUCGAAAUUCUGCUGACUGAGCUGAACCACACCGCUGCCCCACCCCAAGAUUCCAGUGUAAUUGGUGUGGGUGUGGCCCAGGCAUCCAGAUAUUUAAAGAGAUCCCCAGGCCAUGCUGAUGUGUGGCCCAAGGUUGAGACUAGAAGGUUCCUAGUCAGGGAUGGAGAAAACGGGUGGAAAUGGCUGUCGGGUUUGUUAAUCCAGGUGCUACCUUAACAGUGGGGGUGUCGGUGGCUUUGAUGGAUGGUGAGAAGUGAGCAGAUCCCUCACCCCAGGGAUGGGAGGCCAGAUGCCUUCAGGAACUGGUGUACCAAGCUGUUCUCUCCAGCCUGGGGGUUAGCAAACCUGAGUGGGCAAGUCUCCGCCUGGUGCCCAUGGGGUCACGCACAGGCCCAUUCUGGAGUCAGGGGUCCGGAAGGGGCUGUCCCCCCUGAAGCAGCCCCAGAAAUAGUCUUCGACUCACAGAGCUGAGCAGGAGGGGACACUGGCCUCUGAUCCGUUUUCAGGCUGGGUGGAGGAGUGUCACCCCAGCUCUUCCACUGUUAGUAGUCAAACCAGCAUCCCAGCCUAUGUUCUGGAGGCUCCGGGCUCUCAUCUGCUGGCAAGUCUGGUUCCUGAGCCCGUCAGGUACAGUGGUCAGGAGGGCACCGUGAAGGCGCUUUGGUUCCAAGGAGGGACUUCGUAACCGGCAGAAACCUGCAGGGGCCAGUGGGGCCUGGUGGCUCAUGGAAGAAUUAAGCCCACUUUUUGUGCUCUGUGGCUAUGUGUGUUUAAUGCAUUAGCAAAUUUAAACCUAAAAGCAGGGAAGUUUGGGGAUGGUCACCAUGCCAAGGAAAUGACCAUUUGCCUGGCAGAUCCAUAGCAACUCUAUGAAAGCGCUAAGGAGGAUUUUAGGUUGAAGACUUCAGUGCUGGCCCCCUCCCCGGUCAUGCCUCCUUCGGGACUUGGGCAGCCCCUCUACGGCGAUGCUUCAGGCUGGUACCCCCUGCCUGUUGAGGGGCCACAUACCCCCAGGUGACUUCAAGCAAGUUCCUUCCCUUGACUCACUGACCUUAGGGACCUUCUGGGCCUGCCCAGCCGUGUGGCAGAACAGCUCUAAGGCCCUUCUGCCACAUUCUCUGCUGCCUACCUGAGAAAAUCGGGUGCCUUCUGGAAAGGUUUCUAAAAGCAUAGACUCUGGUGAAGUGUGAUGCUGUACAUCACUCCGAUCUUGUAGGCUCCUUCUCUCUCCCUGAGACUGUAGGGGGAGGGCUGUCUGCCCCGAGCCACCAGCAGGAGGGUGACUGAAAAUGGCAUGCCAGGGCUGCCCACGCAGGACAUGAGUGCUGCUGCCAGGGGGCGGGGGGCCUGCGCCUCCUGCCGGGCCCCAGAGUUUGUGGGAAGACUGUGCUUCCUGCGAGGCCCCUGGGUUGCGGCGAGGGGGGGGCCUGCGCCUCCUGCCGGGUCCCUCUGCUUUGCUGUGCUGCACAGGCUGUGUUUUGUCUGCAUGGUUUGGGGUCGUUGUCCUUGUGCCUUUUUUCUUCCCUGUCGCUGCUGUACAGGACUUUCCAUGUCCCCACUGCCCCUUUUCUACAUCCUCUUGUUCCCCUGGUCCUUCCCAAGCCCUGUAAAUGUGUACAUAGCGUCCCACUUGGCGUCCGCGUGCCCCCACCACAGCCGGUGUGCUCCCAGGCCAGGUCUCCCCGCACGUUGAUCCACGUGGAGAGGCUCCGCUCUGCUCGCUCAGCCUUGCAGAUUUGGUAACUUUGUACAGAACUCUUUUUACUGUGGUCUUCAGCUUGGAGGGCUCGGACCCUCUUAGCCCCUCCGUGCAGCCUGCAGCUAGUUUAGAAGCCUUGCACACCAGAAAAGGGUAACUGUGUAAAGCACCUUCUCCCACAAACCUCUUCCCCUGCAUUGGUGUCAAUAUUUGUAGAAAGCUGGGCGCCCCUUCCUCACGGCGGGCCCUGGCCUGGGCAGGGACGUCAUGGGUCUGCAGCAGCGCCCCUGGUCCCGGGGGAAGCUCCAGCAGUGGGGGACUCCCAGUGCUUGGCAUUGGGCUGCCUUCAGGACCACCGCCGUCUGGUGUCAACAGCCUUGGACUCCAAGUGGCCAGAAAGAAGAGGCUUCUGGCGGCUGCCCCGGCCCGUCAUUAACAUAACAACUGCCGAGCUCUUCCUCCUUUGCCCAAGGUGCUCAGACCCGAGUGCCAUUAAUUCCCCGGCUGCGGGCUGGACUGCGGCGGGACCGGCCUUGUUGAGGACUCACGCGCGGCCUGCCGGCUCCCUUCAUCCCAGCCCUUCCUGCUUUCUUGGCUGGGACCCCAGGGGCCCAGAUUGGAUAAGCUGCAUGUAUGGCCUCAUGCCCUAGGGUUUGUUAGAUGGCUUUGACUCUGUGGGAUUCUCCUUGAGUCCCACCCCAGGAGCCUCCAUUUGGAAGCAGGCUUAGCUUCAGGGCUGGGCUGAGACCUCCACCCCCAGGCUCCGGGGAAGGGGAGGGGGGAGGCCCAAGGCUGUGUCCCAGGGCCUUGAGCUCUCUGCCCCCUACCUGCUUCUAGCCAAAAAGGAGCAGGCUCUCAGAGGCAGGCUCCUUCAGGAACUCUAAUGUACAGACCAAGGUGUAAAUAAAUAGUUUGCUUUUCUUGCCUGA